AUGUUCCCAUUUCAUUUGCGUCUUGGAAACGUAUUUUCCAUUUUGCCGAAACCAGAGAAGAAUGAGUGGGGCAUAGGCCUGGAGGCCAUGCAGUCUGCCCUGCAACUGGAGAAAAAUGUAAACCAGGCUCUGCUGGAUCUGCACAAGCUGGCCUCUGAUCGUGUUGAUCCCCAUCUGUGUGACUUCCUGGAGACCCACUACUUGAACAAGCAAGUGGAGGCUAUCAAGAAGCUCGGUGACCACAUCACCAACCUGACCUGCAUGGAUGCCAAAAACAACAAGAUGGCUGAGUAUCUGUUUGACAAGCACACCCUGGAAAGCAAAAGCUAAACGCCCAGAAUUAA